AUGAUUGAAGAUAAGCAGGAGAUCAAGGGAAAAAAGGGCUACACUGUAAGAACUUUUGUGCGACAAUGGACGCUUCCCAAAGAAGUCGAUGUGGAACAGCUGAAGUCCACCCUCACCGAAGAUGGCCACCUUGCAGUUGAAGCACCAAAGAUAUCGAAAAAGUCACCUACCCCAAGGAGCAUCGAGAUUCAAAAGGCAGCUCCACCUAAGGAAAAUGAAAAGUUGAACGAACACUAA